AUGGCUGACCGCAAAAGGAGUCAUGUCUGGCUGUAUUUUAGCUGUACAGACAGCAGUGACGCUAUGUGUGAUGUGUGUGGAAAGACAGUGAAAUACAGUGGUAACACUACAAACCUCGCUAAACAUUUGAGGUUAAAUCAUAAGAGUGAAUAUGAUGAUAUAAUGAAGCAGCGGUCUGAGGAGGAGGUCCAGGAUGAUUCUCCAAGAGCAGCAGCACUCACAAGGAGCCUGGGAGAGAUGAUUGUGAGGGACCUCCAGCCUAUGUCUGUAGUAGAAGAUGAGGGAUUCCAGGCAUUUGUAAAAGCUCUUGACCCAAGAUACAAACUCCCUAGCAGAAAGAAAAUGACUGAAACAUAUCUUGUUAAUAUGUUUGAUGAGUGCAAAGACAAAGUAAGAGCAACUUUGCAAAAUGCUCCAAGUGUUGUACUUACCACUGAUAUGUGGACUUCAGUGUCCACAGAGGCGUACUUGACUGUCACAUGUCAUGUAAUUGAGAAUUGGCAAACUAAAGAUUUUGUUUUGGAAAUGGCGAUUUUCCAUGGACAGCAUACUGCUGAUAAUAUCAGCUCAGAACUUAAACGAAUAACAGAUGAAUGGGGCCUAACUGAUAAGGUGAUGGCAGUUGUGACAGACAACGGGGCAAAUAUGGUGGCUGCAGUACACAAGGCUGGGUGGAGGCAUUAUCCUUGUUUUGCCCACACUCUGAAUUUAGUUGUAAAGGACAGUCUAAAAGCUGUCCCUGAAGUGGUGCCGAUCCUGGGAAAAUGCAGCGCAAUUGUGUCAUUUUUUCACCAUAGCACUAAGGCCACAGAGAAGCUUAGGGCUGUUCAACAGCAGAUGCAAAUAGCAGAACAUAAGUUGAUCCAGUCUGUACAAACCCGCUGGAAUUCAGUUUUCUACAUGCUGGACAGGCUGCAUGAACAACAUGAAGCUGUGACCACAGUCCUCUGUCUUCUAGGCAGGAGUGAAUUGUGCAUUAAUGUGGGAGAAUUAUCACUCAUCACUCAAACUGUUGAUGCACUGAGGCCCUUUGAGGAAAUGACAAGGGAGGUAUCAUCAGAAAAAUAUGUUUCAGUCUCCAAAGUGAUUCCACUCGUGUCUCUUCUCCAAAGAGCCUGUAAGCAUCAGGGCAGCUCCGUUGCCACACAGCUGGCACAGCAAUGCCAGCGUAGAUUUGCAGGCAUUGAGACCAAUCACUCUCUAGCUGCUAGUACAUUUCUGGAUGCUAGGUUUAAACACCUUGGAUUUCAGGACAAAAACAAUGCUGAGGGAAUGAAAAACGACUUUCCUCUGAGCUGA